AUGACGGGCUCAACAGGUUCCACUCCGACCUUCUCGUCUCCACUUGAAGUGAAUUCUCUCAUUCUCCAUCACACCAUUGUUUCCAAAACUCGAAAUCGGCAAUCCAGACCCUUUUUUAGCGACUCUCAAAAGUUCAACUGUUCGUCUUCAUCUUCGAGGGUUCCAAUCCUUGUAUUCUUAAUGGAUGAGAUGUCUGAAACUAGUGCUUCAAGUACCAUGGACAAAAAGAGGAGAUCUACCGUGUGGGAACAUUUCAAACAGAUUCUUGAUAAAGAUAAAGUUGAAUGUUUAUAUUGUGGGGCUAAUAUAGGUUGUGCUAGUGGUCAAGGCACCGGUUCAAUGCAUCGUCAUUUAUCAAGGUGUAAGGAAUACCCUUAUGCAAAUGUCGAUAAAAGGCAAAGAAGUGCCUUGGGUCGAUUUGGUGGGGUUGGUAGUUCAUCUGGACCUUGGAAAUUUGACCAAGAUGUUAGUCGAAUGGACCUAGCAACCAUGUUUAUCAUUGAGUUACCUACUACGACCACCGAGCUAAACUUGACAUCGAUGCCUCUUGAUGAUUAA